AUGUCCUAUACACAAGAGCAAUCAGCAGCUAUGUCGAAACGAUUGACCAACAACCGCAACACGAACCGUUAUUCGGUCACUGCAUUGUUUAGCAUGGCGGCUGAGCAGGACGUAGAAGUUGAAGAUGAUCUUGCACGCGCCCAAAAGCGACUUCGCGAACUAAAGACGAGAAUCUCUGCGCAGUCAAAGAAAAAUUUCGUCCUUGACCGAGAUGUGCGCUACCUCGACACUAGGAUAGCGUUACUGAUUCAAAAUCGAAUGGCCAUUGAUGAGCGUCAAGAAGUAGAAAGACAUCUAGAGGAUGUUGACCCUACCGAAGGUGCAUACCCUGAUGACCGUAAAAUCCAGCAAUACUCCAACCUCUUCUUCUUGCUUCAAAGCGAGCCCCGACAUAUUGCAACGCUAUGCCGCCUAGUCAGCCUUACAGAGAUAGACACACUUCUACAGACCGUUAUGUUUACGCUUUACGGUAAUCAAUAUGAAAGUCGAGAAGAGCACCUCUUGUUAUCCAUGUUCCAGGCAGUGCUGGCGGCUCAGUUCGAAACCGCCACGGAGUUUGGAUCAUUGCUUCGAGCGAAUACCCCUGUGUCUCGAAUGAUGACCACAUACACAAGACGUGGUCCAGGACAAAGUUACCUGAAAAAUGUCCUUGCAGAUCGUAUCAACAGCUUGAUCGAACACAAAGACUUGAAUCUUGAAAUCAACCCGCUCAAGGUUUAUGAGCAGAUGAUACAGCAGAUUGAAGAGGAAGCUGGCACCCUUCCUCCCAACCUGCCCCGUGGCGUAGCACCUGAAACCGCUGCCGCCAAUCCGGACGUCCAAGCGAUUAUUGCCCCCCGUUUGACGAUGCUAAUGGAAAUAGCUAAUAGUUUCCUGCUCACUAUCAUGGAAAGCCUGGAGUCCGUUCCAUAUGGGAUACGUUGGAUAUGCAAACAAAUCCGCAGUUUAACAAAGCGGAAAUACCCUGAUGCAUCUGAUUAUGCCAUCUGCUCGCUUAUUGGAGGCUUCUUCUUCCUCCGGUUCAUUAAUCCUGCUGUCGUCACUCCGCAGGCAUAUAUGCUUGUGGAAGGAGUUCCUGCGAAGUACCCGAGGCGGACGUUGACGUUGAUUGCAAAAAUGCUGCAGAACCUCGCGAACAAGCCAUCAUAUGCAAAGGAACAGUACAUGAUUACCCUGAAUCCAUUCGUGGAGAACAACAAAGCACGAAUUAACCAAUUCCUCAAUAAUCUGUGCGACGUUGGCGAUUUCUAUGAGUCGUUGGAACUUGAUCAGUACAUGGCCCUUUCGAAGAAGGAUCUCAUGAUCAACAUCACUAUGAAUGAGUUGUAUAACACUCACUCGCUCGUUCUUCAGCAUAUCGAAGCAUUGGCACCAAAUGAUAAAUCCCACCUUCGGGUUCUAAUGGAUGAGCUUGGAGCUGCCCCGCCACAGGUCCCUCGGAAGGAAAACCGCCAAAUCGAGCUUCCUCUGUACAGUCGUUGGGAAACGACCGUGCAGGAUCUUGCCGCCUCCCUCAUGACAGACAACAACCUCACACAAAAUGACAUCCUGUACAUGGAGACCAAGUCGAUCUUUGUGCAGCUCAUCCGUUCCAUACCUCAUGCUGCUGAUAAGCGGCCAAUAAACCUUCCUGCCCUGGCUGAACGUGCUGCAACCACGAAGGAUGCUAUUCUGGUUCGCAAAGGGAUCAAGGUUAAAGAGAUGCUUCCUCAUGUGCGAGAAGUCGCAGCGGAGUUGACCCACUUGGGCAAUAUGCGCGAGAAAGUGUUGAUGGAGACGCGGUCUCUUGAGCUCGUGUACAAAACAAUCUGCGAUCAUAACGCGUGGCUCAGGUCUCAGUUAGAACAGUACAAGGCCUAUCUACAGAAUUCUCGUCUCAACGCCAACAGAGAAAGAGGCGCAGGUUCUGUUGGCGUUGGGGUUGUUGGUAUCAAUGGGAAAGAGAAGAAAAUCCCCAAGACCACCGUCCAAGGUCCAUAUCGUUUCACUCAUGCUCAGCUUGAAAAGGAUGGUGUCAUCGUUGAGAGCAACGCAAUUCUGGAAAUGGAUCUCAAAAUUGACGAUUUAUUGGAGAAGCAAAAGGAGAACAAACACCUUCUCGAUCUUGAAUACGUUCAAUUGAACGUACCUAAAGUCCUUAACUUGUUAAACAAAGUUUUUGCGAAACGUCGAACUUAA